UGUACUUGCCAUAGAUGCAUGGAGAUCUGAACACCACCGCCUUCAGUCUUUCCAACAUCAAAUGCAAAUAAAACUGUCGGCAGAUCUAGCUAGCUAUAUAUAUAUCACCUGCAUUUUUGCUAGCUAAUAUUCCUUCACUUUAAUUGCAAAUUACACACCUUCCAGAACAAAUGGUGGCGCCGACAUUCAACACAAUGCAGCGCCGCUGUGGAUUCACUGGAUUUGUUACAUUGUGUUGCCUGUUGUUGUUGGAGUGUUUAAAGGUUGCUGGUAAUGUCCCCUUCGCACAGGAAGUUUCUCACCUACAUUGGCAUCGUGCCGUCGCCACUUGGUACGGCAGUCCUGAAGGCGAUGGUAGCGACGGGGGGGCAUGUGGGUACGGAUCGUUAGUAGACGUGAAGCCGUUUAGGGCCAGAGUGGGAGCGGUGAGCUCAAUGCUGUUCAAGAAAGGGGAAGGGUGUGGAGCUUGCUACAAAGUUAGGUGUCUAGACAAGACCAUAUGCUCAAGGAGGGCGGUGACAAUCAUUAUAACUGACGAGAGCCCUGGAAAUUACGGCGCUAAUAUUGGUCGCCCCCACUUCGACCUAAGCGGUGCGGCCUUUGGCCAUAUGGCUGUACACGGCCGGAAUACAGAGCUGAGGAACCGAGGCGAACUCCCUGUCGUGUACAGAAGGACCCCAUGUAAAUAUCGCGGGAAGAAUAUUGCAUUCCAUGUUAAUAGUGGCUCAAAUGAUAAUUGGCUAUCUCUUCUGGUGGAAUAUGAGGAUGGAGAUGGAGAUAUCGGAUCAAUGCAUAUAAGAGAAGCAAAUUCUAAUGAAUGGAUAGAGAUGAAUCAUCUAUGGGGAGCAAAUUGGUGCGUAAAUAGGGGGCCCUUGAAGGGACCAUUCUCAGUGAAACUAACAACAUUAUCAACUGGAAGAACAUUGUCUGCAAGGGAUGUGAUCCCAAGGAAUUGGUCGCCAAAAGCCACUUACACCUCUCGCCUUAACUUCCUCUAAGUUUUAACCCUUCGAAGUAACAAUAAUUGGUCCAUGACUAUGAGGGAACGAAGACCCUGUUUUUUUACUGUCAAAAAGGCUCUCUAGUUCCCCCAUCGUAGAUACCAAAACUAUUCCUUGCUCCCUUGUUAAGCAAAGGUAACAUUGGACAGCAUCCAAGGCCUCUUUCUUUUCUUUUUUCUUCAAUAGUUGCAAGUGUUUGAUUGAAGUUGUUGUAGCCCUCUCCAAAGGAGAGAGUGCGUUAGAAUUGUUAAUGCCAUUUUACGUUUGAAGAAAUGUAGGUUUGUGAUUUUGUUGGAUUUUAAUGUAAGUUUGGAGCAUUGAAUGUAAAAAAAAUGUUGUCAAUUUAUUUA